UCCAGAACCGGGCACCAGACAGCAGCAGAGCAGAGCAACGCGUCACCGGCCACCGCCCACCAGAUCUCCCGUGCUCCCACCCCCGCCUCCGAUGAGUCCACCCGCCACCGCCGCCUAGUCGCACCGCAGUCACCGCCCCAAUGUCGUCGUCGGAGCCCGACGCCGAGGGCGCCCCGGGCGCCCGCGUGCUCGCCCGCGCGCUCGACAAGGUCAUCAAGCACUCCUCCUGGCGCCGGCACGCCGCGCUCGUGGCCGCCUCCAAGUCCGCGCUCGACCUCCUCUCCUCCGCGACCGCGCCGGGGCCCGACGAGCCCUCGGAUCCCGCCUCCCCGGUCCCGGGCCUCCCCGCGCCCGCCGCCGACGCCGCCCUCGGCGCGCUGCUGCUCGCGCUCGACCCGGGGUCCCCGAAGGUGGCCGAGCCCGCGCUCGAGUGCGUCGCGGGGCUCCUCUCCCUCCGCCUCCUCCAAGGCGACGUCGACGCCGCGGACCCCUCCGCCUCCUCGCCGCCCUCCCCGGCCUCCAGGCUCUUCGCCGCGGUGCUCUCCUGCGUCUCGCUCGGCGGCGGCGGCGACGACGCGCUCGAGCUCGCCGUGCUGCGCGUGCUCGUCGCGUUCGCGCGGUGCCCGGGCGUCUCCGUCAGCGGGGAGUGCCUGGGCCAGGUGGUCAAGGCGUGCUACAACGUCUACCUCGGAAGUGCCAGCGGCGGCAACCAGCUCUGCGCCAAGCUGGCCAUCGCGCAGGUGCUGGCCAUCGUGUUCGCGCGCGUCGAGGCCGACGCCAUGGACGUGCGCGUGCGCACCGUCUCCGCUGCUGACAUGAUGGACCUCUCCGACCGCAGCCUCAACGACUCCAGCGUUGUCCAGGCAGCACAGGCGUUCAUAAACGAGGCCAUGGAGGGGAGCGACUUGCCGGAGGAGGCACCCCCUGUGGAUGCGGCGCCAAUUCAGUGGGAAGGAAGUGGGGAUGAUGGUGGAAUAAGCAAAAUCAGGGAGGACGGCCUGGCUUUGUUCAAGAACAUCUGCAAGUUGUCGAUGAAGUUUGGUACGCCUGAUAGCCCUGAUGAUCCAAUGCUAUUGCGGGGGAAGGUUUUGUCACUCGAGCUGGUUAGGAUGGUUGUUGACAAUGCAGGACCUUUCUGGAAGACAAAUGAAAAGUACCUUGAAGCAGUUAAGCAGUACCUUUGCUUAUCCUUGUUGAAGAACAGUGCCUUGUCUGCAAUGAGUGUCUUUCAGUUAUUGUGUUCCAUUUUUAUGAGUCUAAUAUCAAGGUUUAGAUCUGGUUUGAAGGAGGAAAUUGGAAUGUUUUUUCCUAUGCUUAUCUUAAGAGUUCUUGAAAAUGUCCUCCAGCCUAGUUUUCUGCAGAAGAUGACAGUUCUAAACUUUCUGGAGAAGAUAUGUAAAGAACCUCAGGUUAUUAUUGAUAUCUUUGUGAACUUUGAUUGUGAUGUUGAUGCACCAAAUAUUUUUGAAAGGAUUGUCAAUGGACUACUAAAGACUGCUUUAGGUGUCCCUGCUGGAUCUACAACAACAUUAACUGUUGCACAAGACCAAACAUUUAGGAUUGAGUCUGUCAAGUGCCUUGCAACUAUUAUGAAGUCGAUGAGUGCAUGGAUGGACCAACAACUUCGAAUUGGUGAAUUUUCUCCCAGCAGCUCUGAAAAUCUAAAUUCAGUGGACAACCAAAAUAUCAAUAAUGGAGAAGAAGGGAGUGGGAUGGAUUAUGAACUGCAGUUUGAUACUAGUAAUUCAGACGUAACUGACUCUUCCUCGCUUGAACAGCGGCGUGCUUACAAGAUGGAACUUCAGAAAGGAAUCGCCUUAUUCAAUAAAAAACCUUCGAAAGGUAUUGAUUUUCUCAUGCGGAGCAAGAAAAUAGGUCAGUCUCCAGAAGAUGUGGCUUCUUUCUUGAGAAAUACUGCUGGCUUAAAUGCAACAAUGGUAGGCGACUAUUUGGGUGAAAGAGAUGACUUUCCCCUCAAAGUUAUGCAUGCUUAUGUGGACGCAUUAAACUUCAAAGGGAUGGACUUUGGUCAGGCAAUUAGGUUCUUCUUGCAAGGUUUCAGAUUGCCAGGAGAAGCUCAAAAAAUUGAUCGGAUCAUGGAGAAGUUUGCUCAAUGCUACUGUAAAUGUAAUCCAAACGCUUUCACUAGUGCAGAUACGGCAUAUGUUCUUGCUUAUUCUGUGAUCCUGCUAAACACUGAUGCUCAUAAUCCAAUGGUGAAGAACAAGAUGUCCAAGGCAGAUUUUAUGCGCAACAACAGAGGAAUAGAUGAUGGGAAGGAUUUGCCAGAAGAUUAUCUGAGUGCACUUUAUGACCAGAUUGUCAACAAUGAAAUCAAAAUGAGUGCUGAUUCAUCAGUUGCACAAGCCAAGCAAUCCAAUAGCGUAAGUAGGCUUCUAGGCUUAGACAAUAUCAUAAACUUUGUCAACUGGAGACCAGCGGAAGACAAGGCAGUAGGAGCCAAUGACUUGCUCAUUAAGCACAUACAAGAAAAAUUCAAAGCAAAGCGUGGGAAAUUAGAGUCCACAUUUUAUGUUGUUUCUGAUGCAACCAUUUUAAGAUUCAUGAUGGAGUCGUGUUGGGCUCCUAUGAUGGCUGCGUUCAGUGUCCUUCUUGAUCAGUGUGACGAUAAGGCUGCCACAUCACAAUGUUUGAAGGGAUUAAGAUUUUCUGUGCAUGUCACUUCUGUUAUGUGCAUGCAGACACAGAGGGAUGCUUUUUUAACAUCCAUAGCUAAAUUCACAUCCCUCCAUUCUGCUGCAGACAUGAAGCAAAAAAAUGUUGAUGCUAUGAAGGCUAUAAUAUCUAUCGCAAUCGAAUAUGGCAAUUACUUGCAGGAAGCUUGGGAGCAUGUCUUAACUUGUUUAUCACGGUUUGAGCAUUUACAUCUGCUUGGAGAAGGGGUUCCUACUGAUGCUUCAUUUCUGACAGUUCCUCCGAUUGAGGCAGAAGAUAAAAAUCAGAAGUCUACUUCUGUUUUAUCUUCCAAGAAAACCAACGCUCUUCAGAAUCCUGCUGUGAUGGCUGCUGUUAGAGGCGGCAGUUAUGACAGCACAGUAGCAAAAGCCAGUGUGUCAGCAUUGGUCACUCCUGAGCAGAUCAAUAAUUUCCUAUCAAACAUAAAUUUGUUGGAUCAGAUUGGCAUUGUUGAGUUAAAUCAUAUCUUUGCCCAUAGCCAAAGAUUAAACAGUGAUGCUAUUGUUGCUUUUGUGAAGGCUCUUUGCAAGGUCUCAAUGACUGAGUUGCAGUCUCCAGUGGACCCUCGUAUCUUCUGCCUUACAAAAAUAGUAGAGAUCGCGCACUACAAUAUGAACCGCAUACGUCUGGUGUGGUCACGGAUUUGGAAAGUUUUGUCAGACUUUUUUGUGUCUGUUGGGUUGUUGGAAAAUCUUUCUGUCUCUAUAUUUGUGAUGGACUCUCUGAGGCAGCUGGCCAUGAAGUUUCUGGAAAGAGAGGAAUUGGCAAACUAUAACUUUCAAAAUGAGUUCCUUAGACCUUUUGUGGUUGUCAUGCAGAGAAGUAAUGCUCCAGAAGUACGAGAGCUUAUUGUUAGGUGUGUCUCACAGAUGGUUCUGAGUCGGGUUCAUAACAUAAAGUCUGGGUGGAAAGGUGUUUUUAUGGUUUUUACUUCUGCCGCUGCUGAUGAUACAAGAAGUACAGUUCUAUUGGCAUUUGAGACUGUAGAAAAAAUUAUUCGAGAUUAUUUUCAUCACAUAACUGAAACAGAGACAACAACAUUCACUGAUUGUGUUACUUGUCUUAUUGCAUUUACGAGCAGCCAGUUUAACAGUGAUGCCAAUCUCAAUGCUAUCGCAUUUCUCCGAUUCUGUGCUGUUAAACUUGCUGAGGAAGGAUUUGUUUGUCAAGAUAGAGGUGCUGAACAACCCAGGAAUUCAGACAUGUUGGGUGAAAAUGCCACUGUGCACAAAGAUGGUUUUGUUUCCCUCUGGGUGCCUCUCCUUGCGGGUUUAGCCAAGUUGACAACUGAUCCAAGAAUGACUAUUAAGAAGGGUGCUGUAGGAGUACUUUUUGACAUUUUAAAGGAUCAUGGACACUUGUUUUCACAGACGAUCUGGAUGGACAUCUUUGAACGUAUUGUUUAUCCUCUAUUUAACAGUGAAAUGUCCACACCCAAUGAUCAGAUUUCAACAUCUAAUUUACCUGAUCUUGAAACACAAACAUUGGCAAUGAAGUGCUUGGUCGGUUUGUUUGUUAAUUUCUUUGAUCUGGUACGACCAGAACUUGCUAGAAUUGCAUCCAUUGUCACAAGUUUUGUCAGAAGCCCCUACAAGCAUUGUGCUACUGCUGGUGUAUCUGCAAUUAUGCGUUUAACGGAGGGGGUUGGUAACAAACUUUCUGAGGAGGAAUGGAAAGAGAUAUUGGUCUGCUUCAAAGAAUCAGUGAAACAUACCUUUGUCAUAUUAUCUAAAAUUUUAAGGAUGAUGCAAGAUAUUGAAAUCCCAGAUAGACUUGAUUCUUAUUCGGAAACUGAGCAAUAUUUGGAUCAUGAAAUGUACAGUAAUGAUGAAGAGGAAGCAAAUAUGGAGACAGCCUCUUAUGCUAUUGUCAAACUGAAGAAUCAUAUGGCCCUACUGCUUGUAGUGAUUCAGAGCAUUACUAAAUUAUACGAGGAAAACAGAAAAUAUCUUCGUGCUGAGCAUAUGGGCAUUCUAUUGGAGAUAGUGUCAGAUAUUACGACAUAUUCAAGUGAAGUGAGCUCAGAAUCUUCCUUGCAGAUGAAAUUCCAUAAAGCAUGUUCCCUUUUGGAGGUAUCUGAGCCAGCUAUUGUCCAUUUUGAGAAUGAAUCCUACCAGAGUUACCUCAAACUUCUACAAGCUCUGCAACAUGACUAUCCUAAUCUGUCGGAAGAAAUGGACAUAGAAUCACAAGUACUUAAUACCUGCAAGAAAAUACUGCAAACCUAUCUGAAUUGCGCAAGACAUGAACCAUGUGAUGAAUCAUCUCACAGAAAUCCAUCUCUAAAUUGUGCUGUGCCACUGAGUGCUACUAAGAAAGAGGAACUGGCCGCUAGGUCUUUGCUAGCCCUUCAAGUCAUGAAAUUGCUGGGCGAUCUGGAGAGGGAGUCUUUUGGCAGAAUAUUGCCCUGCUUUUUCCCAUUGUUUGUUGAUCUGGUCCGCUGCGAGCAUAGCUCGGGAGAAGUUCAACUCGCACUCUACAAUAUCUUCCAUUCAGUUAUAGGCCCCAUGAUAAGAGUAUAAUGGGAGAUUGUCACAUGCAGAUGGCAGAGUGUACAGUUUUGUGACCCAUUCUGACGCUGUAGUUCAGCCCAUCACCCUACGCUACUAGGGAUUAACCAAUAGGCCGGCACACCCCAGGUGCAACUGGUUAUACAUUUGGAAUGAUCGAAUACAAGGUGGAAUAUCUCUUUGGUUCUAGGUCCUCUCUUACCGGUCAGUUGAGCUGGUUCUCUUGCUUCGCAGGCUCACAUAAAAAUGCUGUGGAUUUUGGGAUAAGUCUAAGCAGCAUUCAUUUCAAUGCAUUCCGUGGGCAAGCAGACUGACUGAAGAAUAUGGAACCAAUGUCCUGCACCGAGGCAAUUUUUGACCCAAAAUGCUGGUGGCCGAGAUCAAGUGUAUAUAACAUGAGAUAAUCGGAGUUUUAAGUUACUCGUUUGCUACUUCGUAAUAUUUGUGCAAUGUGGAGGUAGAUGUCACCAGAAUGUCUUUCAUUCUAGCUCAUAUAUUGUUCAUAUAUGUGUAUUUUAUUCAUAGAAACGGAUUGACAACAUACUAUACUCCCCUGUUUUUUCGUUGUCGCAUCCUUGCAACGAAUCCACAUUCUUUCCCAGGAUAGGGCUGUCAUUAUUUGAUUACAGUUGACAUAGAGAUAUAUAAUUUUACAGUUUCAGGAUAAUAAUGUACAAGACCCACCAACGAUACAGUGACGCUGAAUGACCUAUACCCUAAUGCGACAUGAAAACAUGCACUGAAGAUACUGAAAAAA